CACACACACAGCUCUUUCUCGCGUCUUGUCUCCUUUUUUAUGUGGGUAGCAGUUGCACCGUUCUAGUCUUAACAAAAAGCUAUAAAGUUGAGGGAGAUGGAUCCCGAGAAAGGCGGGCAAGGGUACAAAGCUCAUUACUCCAACGAGGAGCAACAGGCGUCCAUGCUGCAGGCAGGAUCGGAGCCGACAGCGAAGAGGCGGAACCAGCUAUGCAGCUCCAAGCGCCGAGUGAUCUUUGUGGUACUGAUCAUGUUUGUGUUAGUUUUGCUACUUGGAUCUGGACUUGGACUUGGCCUCAGAUCAAGUAAACAAGUGGCAGGUGAGAAAACCUGGUUGCAGGAUGACUGUGAAGAUGUUGACACACCUCAGUGCCCAGAAGGGUUUUCACAGCCUCCUUUGAUCUUGUUUUCAUUAGACGGAUUCAGAUUUGAUUAUUUGCAGAAGUGGUGGAGUUCUGUGCCUGUUAUAAACAAACUGCGUACCUGUGGUGUGCAUGCUCCAUAUUUGACGCCAGUGUACCCAUCCAAAACCUUUCCUAACCACUACACAAUCAUCACAGGUCUAUAUCCAGAAUCUCAUGGUGUAAUUGACAAUCGCAUGUAUGAUGUGGACAUGAAUGCCUCUUUUAGCCUUCGAACAGAGGAAAAAUUCAAUCCCCUUUGGUACAAAGGACAGCCUUUGUGGUUGACAGCAAUGUAUCAGGGUCUGAAGACCGGUACCUUUUUCUGGCCUGGAUCUGAAGUCAGGAUAAAUGGAACAUAUCCAAACUUUUACAAAGUGUAUGAUGGCUCUAUUCCAUAUGAAGAAAGAGUUUUCACUAUUCUUAAGUGGCUUGAUUUGCCAAAGGAAAGCAGGCCUGACUUUUACACGCUGUAUUUGAGUGAACCAGAUCACGCAGGGCAUGUAAAUGGGCCUAAUAGCAAUAAAAUGGCAAAAGCACUAGAAAAGGUGGACAUGAUAGUCGGAAUGCUGAUGGAUGGGCUCAAGCAAAGAAAUCUAACACAAUGUGUCAACCUUAUUCUGUUAUCUGACCAUGGAAUGGAACAAAUUGACUGUAACAAGGUUGUAUAUAUGAGUGAAUACUUAGAUAAAGUCGAAAACAUUGAAAUGCGUUAUGGACCAGCUGCUCGAAUAAGAGCCAAAAAUGUCCCCGAGGAUUAUUACACAUUUGAUUCAGAAGGUCUUGUAAAAAACCUUACUUGCAGGUCACCAAAUCAACACUUUACGCCCUAUCUGAAGCAGUUCUUGCCAAAGCGCUUCCAUUAUGCCAACAGUAAAAGAAUUGAAGAUGUUCAUUUGUAUUUGGAUCCACAGUGGCAGGCCGGCCUCAAACCACCGAUGAAAUAUUGUUCAGGGGGAUUUCAUGGUUCUGAUAAUCAAUUCAAGAAUAUGCAGGCCAUCUUUUUAGCCCAUGGGCCUGCAUUUAAAACCAAAACUGAAGUUCAACCCUUUUUAAACAUUGAAGUCUAUAAUCUGAUGUGCGAUUUGUUGCAGAUCAUUCCUGCACCCAACAAUGGGACUCAUGGGAGUCUAAAUCAUCUUUUAAAGAAACCUGUCUACAACCCUACCCAUUCCAAGGAAGUAUCCUCAGCAUCAUCUUGCUCUUCGACAGACUUUAUAUCAACUGUAAUUCCACAAACAAAAUGCUUAUGCAGUUCUGUGGAAUCAUUACCUGCAGAUGCAUGCAAGGAAUUAAAACUCUCCUCAACUGAAGUUAAAGGGGCUAAUGAGCAUCACUUGCCAUAUGGACGACCAAAAGUUUUGCAGAACAAUAGUAAGUGGUGCCUCCUGCAUCAACAUUUAUAUGUAAGUGGAUACAGCCAUGACAUUCUAAUGCCAUUGUGGAGUGCAUAUACAGUCGACAAAACAGAAAAUUCACUUGCUCCUUUACCAAACAUUUUAGACUGUGUGCUUGCUGAUGUUCGAAUUCCUUCUACCGUAAACCAAAGUUCAUACAUUAAUGAAGAUCAGGACAUAACUUAUGGAUUCCUUUAUCCACCCAACUUGAAAUCUGGACAGUAUCAGUUUGAAGCUGUAUUUACCAGCAACCUUGUCCCUAUGUACAAAGCCUUUCAAAAGAUAUGGAAUUAUUUUCAUAAUGUUUUGCUGUUGAAGUAUACUGAGCAGAGAAAUGGUAUCAAUGUGAUCAGUGGACCUGUGUUUGAUCGAAAUUACGAUGGGCGGUUUGAUACUCCUGACAUAAUCCAAGUGAAAGUUAACAAUAUGGAAAUCCCUAUUCCAACUCACUACUACAUUAUCCUUACCAAUUGCAAGGAUACCUUGAGAACCCCUCUAACAUGUAAUACCUCAGUGGAUGUAUUGGCUUUCAUUCUGCCUCACAGACCUGACAACAGUGAGAGCUGUGCAGAUGGCAAAGACGAAUCCCAGUGGGUUGAGAAGCGAAUGUGGGCCCACAGAGCACGAGUGAGGGAUGUGGAGCUGAUCACAGGACUUGAUUUUUAUCAGGACAGAAAGCAGCCAGUCAAUGAGAUUUUACAGCUGAAGACGCAUCUGCCAUCAGAUGAAGUCUAAAUAUAACUUGUUUAUUUUUAAAAGGCUUGUGAAAUAUACCAGGGCAUUUUUACAUUCUUAAUGUAUUUAUUUUGUUUAUGCAUAUUUGUAAUUAUGAAAUUCAGCACUUUGGAUGUGCUUUAAAAGAAGUUCUAGUAAUAUCCAAGAGUAUCAGGGCACACAAUGUUAUUAAAGUGCAGUACAAUGAAAGCUCAUUAAUUUCAUUGGGAAUUUUACCUACUUUGUUUUCAACUUCAGAUUAUUUUAGAAGCACAAUUUAUAGCAAAAAUUUGAUUGAAAAAAGAUUAAGGAGAAUUGCAUUGGAAGUUACUAUCCAUGUCUCAUUUCAUGUAUUCGUUACCAUUUGGCUUUAGGAUUUAAUAAAUUGUAGAAUCUGACCUACAUAAACCGACAACUCUUGUCACACCUGAAAGACCUCGGUACAUGACAUGAAAUUGAAUACUUUACUUAACUACAUAAUAUAAUCAACAUAGUAAUUUGCACCAUCCCUAAUCACCAUAACAAUAUAUUUGGUAGAACAGGAAUCAUAUAGUAUUACACUACUUAAUACCAGUAACAAAAUGCAAUUCUGCAGGUUGUAAUAAUGCUUGUCAUAAUAAGUAGUUUCCAAAUUAAAUCUCUAGCUUGGGCUUUGUAAAUGAAGUUUCAGGUAGUAACAAGUUAAAUAAUGUUCAACCGUUGAAUCAGUUGCACUGAUUCAGGUUUUGUUAGUUUGUCUUUUACUAUCUUCCUGCUUAAUGAUCAUCUUAAUAUCCUUUGUUCUGUACCCUUCCAAAUAAUCCUUUUUCAAAAUUUUCUAUGUAAGUUUUUCCAGUAUCACCUCUAAAACUGUCUCAAAUUAGUUAUAUGACAUUCAACUAUUAAUUACCAGAAAUUGAAUAUGAUUAGACCAUUAAUGGAAAUAAGUGCUGUCUUCAAUUAAUUGAAAGGAGGCAAUUCAAUUAGAACUGUAUCAAAUUAAUUAUUUUAAUAGCAUGACUUUAAUAACCAAUUUUAUUUCAUUUAAAGAAUUUUACAGCACUAGGUUAUUGCUCAUAAAACAAGGUGAUAAAUUCCUUUUGAACUAGUCCAAGUUUUUUUUUAAUGCCUACACUAAUAUUUUUACUGGUUCCAAGUUCAAAGAAGAUAAUUUCCAGUAUCUUUUUUUAUGGUCAGGAACUUCCUCACCUCAACUUCAGUUUAGAUGUAUUGAAUGGGUUUUCUUCUGAACUUCCAGCAGGACGGGGGAAAGUUUGUAUCCAUUGGAACAAACCACUUGGGAGCAGGGACGGGCAAUUUGACCCUUUCAGCCUGCUCCACCAUUCAAUAGUUGAAAUAAUCGUGGCUGAUCUAGUUGUAGUCUCAGCUCCAGUUUUAUGAUUGCACUUCAUUAACCAUGAUUUUCUUGUCAAUCCAAAAUCUAUUGAAUUCAGCCUUGAAUAGCUUCAAAGACCAAGCCUUCCACAUAAUAGGGAUCCCUGAAAAAGAGAAAAAAAAUCCUCAUGUCCCUGUUCUAAAAUUGAGAGCCCUUAUUCUUAAAUUAUUCCUGCUUUUUGUCUUCCCAUAAAGGGAAACAUCCUUCCGGAAUCCACCUGGUCCCGUCUCCCCAAGUUCUUAUCUGUUUUCCAUUAUUCGUUGAUACAACAUAAACCCUCUAGUCGCCACUUUAGGAAAAGAAAAUGGUUCAUGCUGAUCAUUCUUUAUAGUAUUGUCUGUACUAUAGUAUUGAUUGGAUUAAUGUAACAGGGUCACCCUUGCAAUGAAACCUGUAAUUUGCCUAAUAUUUGGCAGUGUACAUUUAUUAUGAUUAUGUUCCUCAAUUAAUAAUAAUUAAAAUAACAGAACUGA